AUGGGGGAACAACAUCGUGAGGAGACUCAUGCCGAAAGGAGGAUACCUUUCAUCAGUCUACUUGUAAAAAUUGCAUCGCAAUCUCUUCCUGCAACUCACUACGCUCUUGUUCAACGCGCGCACAACGAGCCCCUGGAGCUUAAGAGUGUUCCUGUUCAGGAAGUUCUACCUGGGUCAGCCGUUGUAAAGAUUGUCUCAACACCGGUCGUGUCGUACGCGAAAGAAGUAUACAAUGGAACGCGCAAUUACCUUUAUCCUUCGCCCUUUACCCCAGGGACUAUGGCUAUAGGCAGGGUUGUUGCUUUUGGUCACGAUUCAACCAACCUACAGGAGGGGCAGCUGGUCUACGUCGAUUGCAUGAUACGCAGUCGAGACAACCCCAGCGAUGUGUUCUUGCACGGCUUACACGAGGGAUUUACCCCCGGGACGAGGAAGUUAAUGAGUGAAGUCUGGAGGGAUGGUUGUUGGGCGGGCUAUUGUCGGAUUCCGCUAGAAAAUGUAUAUCCAUUGAAAGAAGGGCUUUUAAUGAAAGAGUUGGGAUAUCGGGAGACAGACUUGGCGACCAUUGGACGAUAUAUGGUUGUGUACGGAGGAUUGAAAGAUAUUAAUCUUCAAGCUGGUGAGACGAUUGCUGUGGCUCCAGCGACUGGGGGAUUUGGGGGUGCAGCGGUCAUGGUAGCUAUUGCGAUGGGUGCGACGGUUAUUGCGAUGGGUCGGAAUGAAUCUGUUUUGGCAAAUAUUUCGAGCAAGUUCGAGGACGGGAGAGUCAAAGUUGUGAAGAUGACCGGAGAUGUGGAGCAGGAUACUAGAGAGCUGAGGAAAGCGGCGAGAGGACCUAUCGAUGCUGCUUUCGACAUUGCACCACCUAUGGCCGCGAAGUCUACUCACCUCAAGGCCUGCAUUUCGGCAAUGAGACAUGGUGGAAGGAUCAGCUUGAUGGCAGGGCUGCAGGGGGACUCCUCAAUUCCAUAUCAUGCUGUCAUGCAUAAGGAUUUGACGCUGAAGGGAAAGUGGAUGUAUGGGAGGGAUGAAGUCUUGGGGGUCAUUAGAUUAGUUGAGACAGGGGUACUGAAGAUUGGAGAGCCAGGAGGGUUGAAGAUUGCUGGGAAUUACCCAUACAAGGAUUGGGAGAAGGCGCUUGAUGCAGCGAAUACGAAUUCGGGGUGGGAGGCGUUUGUGGUGAUGAGACCAUGA